GGUGCGUUGUGCACUGAGUUGAGUGGUUUGUUGUGCCCACUGUUCUGUCUCCUCUCCUCGUCACUGUGCCUGCAGAAGAGGACGCCUGAACAGUAGAGAGGAGUGACCACCAAGAGGAGAAUGACAUGGGCAACAUGGGGGUGACCCAUGGAAAAAAAGCAGAUCUUAGUGAUCAGCAUCUGCAUUCUGGAUGUGCUCAACCACUUAUUGGACCAGACUCAAGCUGUGAUCUGGGCUCUGUGCUAGGCUCUGAUCAGAGAUGGGACAGGGAUGAAGAUCUGGACCAGAACCAGCUGCUAGUGGAGCACGUAGACGAGGGCUAUUAUGAAGAGCUCAUUAGGCCCAAAAAAUUACCGAAUCCCGUGAAGGCCUCCAGAAGCCACCGAGAGCUCCACAGAGAACUGCUCAUCACUCACAAAAGAGGAGCGGUGGUGGAGGAGAAGCCAGAGCUGCAGAGGGUUCUGGAGCAGAGGAACAGAGCUCAGGCUCUGAGACAGGAACUCGAGGAAGAGGAGGAGAGGAAGAAGCAGAGAUCUCCUCUGGAGCAGGAGCUGCUGAGGAGACAGCAGAGACUAGAGAGGCUGGAGAGAGAGAUGGAAGAGGAGAGAGAAAGGCUGAAGAGAGCACCUGAAUUCAUCAGGGUGAAGGAGAGUCUGAAGAGGACAGCAGUGGCGAACGCUGUGGAGAAAGAGCUGUAGGCCCUUUUCUCGCUGUAUUACUGUUAACAUGGCACUACUCUUAAUGAUGGUGGAGAUGUUGUUGGUAUGUUUUAUCACCUGAUAGUGGACGAGACUGGUGGAGACAGCAAAGUUGAUUCUUGGCAGAAGUUGUCAGUUUGGUUGGACGGUUUUGGUUAGGCUUUGUCAGACUUCUUUGUUAAACUUCUGAGCUUUUCUGUACUGCACCUUAAAACUGGUGAAAACAUAGAGACGAAUAUACAGCAGCACUUUAUAUGAUUUUUGAGCCUAGAAUUAUUGAAUGUACAGAUGGGACACACUGAGUUUUUGCACUUUUCUUGACCAAUUUCCAUCCAAUUUUCACAUGCACUAGUAAUGAGUAAUGAGAAUUGGCUAACAUACUUGUUUUCUCAGUGUAUUGGGUGACAGUGUUUCUCUGGUAUUGUGUAAUAGACAUAGACUUCUCCUGUUUCACUGAGCCAGGUCAAACCACUCUUUGUAGCUGUUCACAGACUGUCUGUAAUCACACAUAUCAUGUUUUGUCAGAAGACUCUAACAGUUUAUUAACAUAAUUGUGUAAAUACGUUUCGCAGGUCUUAUAAAUGAAAGGAUUUUAACGUGAGAUCUUACGCGAUUCCUGUGUGUUUGUGUACAUACACACCCCUUUUUGACACGUAACCUGAAAUUACCAACCAUAGCCUGGCUUUGCAUAGCACUUUGAUGUGAACUUUAUUUGCACUGUACACAUAAAUCUUACUGAAC